CCUUUUUCUUUGUGACAUUUGUUUUUCUUUUUUAAGGGAGGCGAAAUAAAAAAAUUUUCUCUGUUAUUCCAAAGAAUCGUCUUAAUUUGAGGCCAAUUUUGGUCGUGUAAAUUGUGAAAUAAAUAAAAACUAAAGAAAAUAAAUACUAACGAAUUUGUCGACAAAAAAGAAUUGACAAAUUAUUGGAUCUUCAAUGUAUUAAUCCAAGUGAAAAUUGACAAAAAAACAAAAAAGUGUUAAAUUUUCUUCAAGAUAUAGUAUUGAAACAGACCAUCUAAUAACUAUGACCCAAUCUCGAGGAGAUGGUAACGAUCCCAUACGUUCAAAGUAUGAAGAUUUGUGUCGUGAACUUAAUAUGGACAGGGAGACAGAGGAGUUGUCAUGGAAGAAAUAUAUUGAAAUUUCCAAAAUUUAUUCCCUAGAGGGAGAUCAAUUACACUGGUUUUGUUGCUCAUUGUAUGCGGCCUGUAGAGAAUCUUAUACGCCCACUGUAGGAGGUGGCUCCAAUGACGUGGUGUUGGGCAACUGUAUAUCAGUUAUUAAACUUUUGCGAAGUUGUAGCAUAGGUAUACAUGAGUUUACAUCAAAGAUGAGAAAGUGGCAUGACAUGGCUAAAUUGCCGGAGUCAUUCCUAAAUCAAAUUAAUAAAAUGGAGCGUAGCUAUAACAUCACAUCUAAUGUAUUCAUGCGUUACAGCGACAUAUUCGAGCAGCUUUUUAUGCCCCCGCCAAAUGAGAAGAAAAAUUGCAAAUUCAGAUCAGCCAAGUGUCCAUAUGGAAAACUAUUUGAAAUUUGCUGGUGUUUAUAUCUUUGUGCUAAAAACGAAAAUCCCGUUAGUCAAGUAACCGACAUAGUAAUGUCCUUUCACCUUCUUAUUUGUUGCAUAGAUUUGAUUUACAAAAAUGUCUUGGCUGAAAAUCCAGAUCUCAUUAACACCAAAUUUGUGGGCACUCCUCCAAAAUGGGGAAAGCCAGACUUUGAUGCUAGGAUUCUAAAGGACUAUUGUAUUAUAGAACCAUUAUGUAAUAUGUCUAAUGCAUCGCCACAUGACGCUAAAAAUAUGAAGGACACAUUUAAACGUAUUAUUAAAAAGUUUUUAGACACUAAUACAUUAUACGGUAGUGAAGAAACUCUGGUGUCAAAUAAGAAUUUUGAACGAAAUUUAAGAUCUCUUAAGGGAGCCUAUGAACAGUACGUAUUGAAUAUGGCUGAAUUGGAUGAGAGAAUUUUAUUAGACUAUCGUAAGAUCAAUAACAACAGUUCACACGAUUCAUCAGGCUUAAAAAUCGAUAUACAUCCGGACAUUAAAUCGUUAAUGCCAAAUACUCCAUAUACACGCAAAGAAAGUUUGCCUAGCAAAGAUGGAGUUUUCGAUCCAGUGGCUAAUGCAACAAAUAACGUAAAAAAAUUACGCGAAAUUUCUACUAUCACUGAACUAUCUGAAUUCAUAAGAAAAUCUACUGGAGAAGAUGUUAUAAAAAGAAUUGAAGAGAAAUUAAUUUUCAUGUCCAAGUUGUUCUAUAAUAAAUUUCCCAAUAAAGAAGAGUCGGUAAAUAAAUUCCAAUUGGCGAAAUCAUUGUAUUAUUAUCUGCUGGAUAAGAUUUUAAAUUUUGAAAUAAGAAUUAAGCCAAUCGAUCUCAAGAGUCUAUUUCAAAAGGAUAGUUUCAAUACGACAUUAAUUGCAUGCAGUGUUGAGAUUGUGCUCGAUGCUUACGAUUCUCCACUCAAAUUUCCAUGGAUCUUAGAUUGCUUCAGUAUUAAUGCAUUUGAAUUUUACAAACUAAUCGAAAUUAUUGUACGUAGCCAUGAUGGAGUUCUCAACAGAGAAUUAAUUAAACAUUUAAAUUUGAUCGAGGAAACUUGCUUAGAAUCAUUGGCUUGGCAAAAAUGUUCUCCUUUAUGGGAGCUAAUCAAAAAAGAGCCCACACCCUUGCCAACGUGGUCCGAAGUUAAAGUUGGAAAUAUUGAUAGCAGUGAGCCGCAAUUGCAAUCACCCAUGAAUUCUGCAUACGACACAUUUAGUACAUCUACAACGACUGUAAGCGACUCUGUGCGUCGAGAUCUAUUCAAUACUUCAAAAGAAACCAUACACAGUUUGGAUAAACCCAAUAAUGAUAAUCAAAAACAAAUUAAUGCUAAUAAACGAUCAAUACCCCUGAAACUAUUCUUAAGAAAGUUUUAUAAACUAUCUUGGUUGCGCAUUAAGGAAUUGUGCAAAGAACUUGAAUUAGGUGAUGAAAUGAUUUCAAAAAUAUGGACCCUUUUUGAGUAUUCAAUAACUCAAAAAACUGAAUUAAUGCAAGACAGACAUCUUGACCAAAUUUUCAUGUGUGCAAUAUAUCUUUAUAUUAAAGUUGGAGAAGUCAAUGGCAAAUUAUUUAGAGACAUCAUGAAAUUUUACAGAAAACAACCACAGGCUACAAGUAGCAUAUAUAGAGAAGUUUUCAUAAAAGUUCUUGAUUCUGGCGAGAAAAAAUUGGGAGAUAUAAUACAAUUUUACAAUGAAAUUUACAUGCAAAAAAUGACUCCAUAUGCAUGGAAUUUUAGCCGAAAACAAGAUAAACCAGAACGAGAGUUAUUGCUAUCGCCUCAUCCACCAGAAAAACAAAAUUUUCCAAGACAAAUAUCGAAUAAUCACUCGUUAUAUGUUCAUUCCAUUGAAAAGAAUGAACUUGACAAAUAUACAGCAUCUCCAAAUCAAUUGACCUUUCAAUUUAGUCGCAGUCCGGGCAAGGAGCUUGAAAAGAUGAGUGCAAUAACUAGUAAGGGAAAGCGUGCAUUCACGUUAAUAGAAUUGUCCGACCUUGAUAGAAAGAGAGCCAGAGGUUCUGGAAAUCAAGCUCUAUUGAAGAUAAUGAAAGAUAGACAAGAAGAACGUAAUUAGUUGGUACAUGUACAAAAAAACUUUGUAUUUUAGUAUAUUUAAUGACAUAAUGAUUAUUAUUAUUAUUAUCCCUUUAGUAGUAAAAAAAUCUCAUGAAUUUUGUCUUUAAUAACAUAUUUAAGGCGAAGAGCAUUGAAAUGAAAUUUGUACAUAUUUGGGAGCUCCUUUUCGCUAAUUAAAAUCAAUAAUAUUUCAUAAAAUUAACAUGAGAUUUAUUUAUAUGGUCGUUGAGAAUUGUUUGCACUCAUAAUUUAUAGUUUUCAUUAUUAUUUUAUUUUAAUAAGAAGUAAGAACGUUUUUUACUACAUUAUUUUAAUAUUAUUUAAUUAACUGUCGUAUACAAAUUAUUUGAAUUAACAAUAGUUGUU